AUGGGAUUUUGUAAACCCCUGGGACUGCCAAAUGUGGUCUCCGAUCCUUGGGAUUGGGGAGCAUUUGAGAGAUUCCAAGGAGAAUUCUUCGAACAAACCACGGGAGCAGCAAUGGGAUCCCCCAUAUCACCCAUCAUUGCGAACAUCUUCAUGGAACACUUUGAGAACGAAAUCCUGAAGAAGGCUCUACUAAAACCCUCCACGUGGUUCCGAUACGUGGACGACACCUUCGUCAUCUGGAACCACGGAAGUGAAACCCUACCUCAAAUUCUCACGUUUAUCAACUCCCAGCACCCGAACAUCCAAUUCACAAUGGAGAUUGAACAGAACUCCCAAGUUCCCUUCCUGGAUGUAUUGGUCCGCAGAAACGAGGAUGGCACCGUAGGCCACAACGUCUACCGUAAACCAACACAUCCGGACGAUACCUCCAUGCAAACUCCCACCAUCAUCCGGCCCAAAAGAAUUCGGUGA